AUGGCCAUCAACGACUUGGCCUUCAACCAGGACUACACGUGUCUUCUGAUGUCCACGCUGGAGUGCCACAAGAUCUUUAAUUGUGACCCCUUUGGCGAGUUCUAUAACCUGCCUUCUGAUAAGAAUCCUUCCCCUACAGCCUUCUUAAGGAUGCUCUUCUCAACGUCCCUUACAAUCAUUGUGCCCGAGUCAAACCUGAAUUUGGGAAACAGAGUCUUGCAAGUGUACAACUUGAAGCAGAACUUGAAGAUAUGUGAGCUCACGUUCCCUUCAAACAUUGUGGACCUUAUGCUUAACAGGAAACGGUUGGUGGUGUUUCUUGAAGUCGGGCAGAUUUACAUCUACGAUUUGAGCAGUGUACGGCUUAUGAAAGUUUUGGAGAUAAACUCGUACUCGCUGAAGAAACACGAGGAAAACGAUAAAGUGGUGGCGGCAUUGAGUGCUGAUGACCGGCUGUACCUUGCAUUACCACUUCUGGUGGUGAAUGACCAAACCGACUUGUUCAAUGCUGAAAGUUCGAGUCAGCCUAGUACACCAGUGCUUCGGCCGAGCGACUCAGCGGCGGUGGUGCUGUUGGAUUCGCUUGUGGAGCUUACGCAUAAGAAUGAACACUCGCUGCUAGCGAAGAAAGAGGCAAUUACGUUGGAAGAUCUACAGAAGGAUUCGAACGGAUGGAUGGUUAUUUACGAUACGAUCAAUUUGAAGCCUAGGCUUUUGUAUAAGGCGCAUGACUCUGGCAUUGCUAAAAUAGCUCUUUCUAGGGAUAGCCAUGCAGUUGCCACGGCCUCUACCAAGGGCACGAUUAUCCGUGUUUGCCAUUUGAACUUUGACCUUCUUGAUGACCUUAACAAGCUUACCAUCACGCAUAUUACCAAUCUUCGGCGUGGGCAUAACUUGACUCGCAUCACCAACCUCACCUUCAGUCUUGACUCCACUGUUUUGGGCUGCGGGUCUGAAAGCAACACUAUUCAUUUCUUCAAGACCGGUGGACCUACGGGAACACCAGCGGGACCUCCAGGUGAUUACGAGCUGAGCGAUGAAGAUGCCAGAAGUGGUCGUUCUUCACUGGAAGACCUCAAUGAGAACUUGGCCAAUCUACUCAUUCUGAAACAACCAGAACAGGAACAAGAGGAAGAAGAACCACAGCUGUACUUCUCCCUAGGCCUCAAAAAAUCCAGCAAGUUCCUUAAAAACCAGUACACGAAGCUGCUCAUCAAAAAGCUUCCCUACAGAGACUACUUUGACAACUUGAUCUGGGAACCACCCAGAAGACUGUUUGCAUACGUGAAGCUUGCCGAAAGCUCACCUCCUGACCCACGCCAUAAAAACGUUGAAAUCGGUUUUGGGUCUCUGGGACUCUUAAUGUUGGCAUCCUACCAUACUGGCACCUUCUACCAGUAUAAGCUCCCGCGGCCGCACGACGAGGACAGAGAAGAAUGUAUGCUUCUUUCUUCUCACAAGUUGGGCUAG